AUGCUGGGGGUGGGGAGCGUGGAUGGGCCUCGCGGGUGGGCUCAUAAAGGGCUUCAGCACCCAGGGGAGCUGGCGGCCGCUCGCAGAACAGGCGCGCCCCCCCACGGCCCCACGGCCCCCGUAGCGGGACCUGCACCCAUGGAGGAGGAGGCGUACCUGCAGUACUACAUGGAUCAGUGCACCACCCAGGAUGCCCUUGCCCCACCUGGGACUCCCCUGCUCAGCCCAGUUGUGCCUUAUGAUGUGUACACACCUAAUGCAUACAUUCCAGAGAAUGCACUGAAUUCACAUCUUGAACUCCAAGAAACAACGGGCGAUUUCUCAUCUGUGGAUCUUAGCUUCCUACCAGAUGAACUGAUCCAAGACAGUAAAGACCAGACCGUCACUGGAGGCAAGCAUGACACAGAAGAAAAGUGUGAACCUCAAAGUGAACAAAGCAGGUCGCCACCACCCAGCACACAGGACUCUGGGCUGGUCUUAAACAGCAGCAGUGCAUCAAGUUCCCAUUCAUUUCUGCACCCUGGUGAUGCAGACGCAGUCCAGCCCUUUCCUGAGAAACCCACCUCCAGCAGCUUGCCUCUGGCAUCCUCAACUCCCAUGACACCGAUGACCCUGGUUUCGGAAUGUUGUGGGAUAGUGCCUCAGCUGCAGAAUAUAGUUUCUACUGCAAACCUGGCCUGCACAUUGGAUCUAAAGAAAAUAGCUUUGCAUGCAAAAAAUGUAGAAUAUAACCCAAAGAGAUUGAAUGCUGUCAUCAUGAGGAUCCGAGAGCCCAGGACGACAGCCCUCAUAUUUAGCUCUGGGAAAGUCGUCUGCACUGGAGCCAAAAGUGAAGAGCAGUCUCGACUCGCAGCGAGAAAGUAUGCUCGUGUGGUGCAGAAGCUUGGGUUCCCUGCCAGAUUCCUCGACUUUAAAAUCCAGAACAUGGUUGGGAGCUGUGAUGUGAGAUUUCCCAUUCGGUUGGAAAGUUUGGUGCUAAACCACCAGCAGUUCAGUAGUUACGAACCUGAACUGUUUCCUGGCCUUGUUUAUAGAAUGGUAAAACCACGGAUUGUGUUGCUCAUCUUUGCAUCUGGGAAAGUUGUGUUGACAGGUAAGUGCUGAUUUCAGACUGUCCUCAAACUCAGUAACUGUGCGUCUGCGUUGCUUACUCUUUUAAAUAGGCUUUUUUACCAUGAGAAAGUAUUUCUUGCUCUUACAGAAUACCGAGAACGGUGAAAUGUAGAAGGAAUAUCGCAUCACCCAUAGGGCCCACUCCCUAAAAUUUUUUUUCACACUUCUAGGUCAUUUUGGAGUACAUGUCACCUUGACAUCUU